AUGUCGCCGCGCGCCGCGGGUCUCCGGGAGGCCGCCGGGCGGGAGCGCGGGCGAAGGAAAGUGCGGGUCCGCGGGCGGCGCCGCGGGGCAGGGAGGGUGGAGUCGGGGCCGGCCCUCGCCGCCGCCGCCCUGCCCGUCCGCGGAGGAGCGCGCGCCUCCCUCCGGCCGGCGCUGCUGCAGAGCCCGGGCCGACGACCCGCGGAGGAUUCAUGGAGUCAGAGCAGAUACCUGCUAUUAGCAGUAGGCUUUGAGGAACAACCACCUCUGGUUUUUCUAGGAGGGGAUAAGUGCCAGAAUCCAGGGAUGAAGAUUUUUGUUCCAGGGCCAGGAGACAAAAUGUCAUCAACUUUUUUGCCGGUAUCACGGGCUCCUGAAGAUAAAGGAAAAGAUGAACCAGUCAAAAAGGACAAGCCAUAUAGGAUCUUUUUCAAAGAUCUCUUUCUUUUCAAAGAAAAUGAAAUGGCAGCAAAGAAAAAGGAAAAAUUUAUAAACCGCAGCAUGAAAGUCUACCAGAAGUCUACAUUUUCAUCUCGAAUGAAGAGUCGUUCACACCUGGGCCAAGUAGCUUUCUACUCUGACACAGCUGGCGGCUCAUUUGAAAAAUUUGGGCUAGAUCCCUCUCUUAUUCUAAGAUUAACAGAAGGUGCGGACACAAAAAGGACUAUUCAUGAAUUUAUUAAUGACCAGAGAGACAGGUUUCUGCUGGAGUAUGCCCUGUCAACCAAAAGAAAUACAAUUAAAAAGUUUGAAAAACACAUGGUGGCAAAGGAACGGCAACUCACAAGAGCCGAAAAAAAGCUCCAAGAAGACGCAAUGGCCUUUGAAGAGUUCCUUCGAGAAAAUGACCAGCGAUCUGUAGAUGCUCUUAAAAUUGCAGCACAGGAAACUAUUAACAAACUCCAAAUGACAGCAGAGCUCAAGAAAGCCAGUAUGGAGGUGCAGGCCGUGAAAAGUGAAAUAGCAAAAACAGAAUUCCUCCUUAGAGAGUACAUGAAAUAUGGAUUUUUUCUGCUGAAAUUGUCUCCAAAACACUGGCAAAUCCAACAAGCGCUGAAAAGGGCGCAGAGGAGAAAGAGUAGAGAGAGUAUGAAUGUCAGUCUUCCAGUACUAACAAAACUAAAUACAAUGAAAACAGAUGGCAGUACGGAGGAUCCCAGGAAGAUAUCAUUUUCAGAUGACUAUUAUGUGGAAAGAGAUCGCCAAGGAAAACCACACAAGAAGUCCAUUCCACAGAGUAAGAAAUCAUCUGUAUCAAGCCACGCUGAGAGCAUCAGUUCAGAAGACAGCUCGGAAUUAUUUUUAGAGAAUGAUAUGGACUAUGAUCUGGAGCCAGAGCUUUACUUCAAAGAACCAGAAGAGUUACUUCAAGUCCUCACAGAGCUGGAAGAGCAGAAUCUAACUUUGGUACAAUAUUCCCAAGAUGUAGAUGAAAAUCUUGAAGAUGUAAAUAAAAGAGAAAAACUUAUACAGGAUAAAAUAAAUAGCAACAUAGAGUUUCUUCUGAAGCACAAGGAAAUGCUUAAGGCUAGCUGUGAGAGAGAAGAGGAAAAAGCAGCAGAACUGGAAUUAAGGUCCAGGCUAUUUAGUUUUGGAGAAUUUCAGUCAGACACUCAGAAGCAGGAAUUGGGGCAGGAGGCUACCUGGAGAACGAUUUACUUUGCCCAGCAGUUUAUUGAGAUCCUCUUAACUGCGAAUGCCAAAUUCACGGUGGAGAAAGAGGCUGAAAGUUUUUUGGUCCCGAAACACGUUACCUACCAGCUCGAGCGUAUCUACCAACAGUUAAGACGGUGCAGUGGCCAGGAAAAACUGAUAGACUCUCUUAGUAAAAAAAUUAAUCAAGUAUACAGAGUCUGCAUUGGAGAUGCUGAUGUUGGCAGCCUCAACCCAGUUCAAAAGCUGGUAAAAGUAGAGUCUCGCCUGGUAGAACUGAGUGAUCUCAUUGAAUCCAUGCCCAAAGAAAAUGUGGAGGCAAUUGAGAGGAUAAAACAGAAAGAACGGCGGCAAAAGUUACGUGAAGAGAAAAUGAAAGAAAAACAAAAACACCAGGAGGAAAGGCUAAGAGCUGCUCUGGAAAGAGCAGUAGCACAACCGAAGAAAAAGGUUUGUGUUUUGUUACCAAUAGGUCCAGCUGUAUCAAUAUGUGAGUGCUUCUGUGGUGUAAAAACAAAAUACCUAAUUCAUAUAAUUUAUUCAGCUUUGAUUGGUCUCUCCCGGAUUCCUUGUUACUUUGAGGAUAAUUCAAAUUUCUGGCUGGGAAGACGACUUGUCUAUCGCUCAAAACCUCCAUCUGCUAACAAACAUGAACUACUUUUAGUCAAGGAUACAAGAACAAAAUCACUAGAGGAUGAAUAUUUUUUCACUUGA